UGAACGCCAUCCCUACUUCUCGGGCGCUAGUAGCCGAAACGCUACAACGCCUCAUUCCCCCUUUUUACGGUUAUAAUUGUACCGUAACCAGCGGCGUGGGUAACCGCAUUCAUUUCGCUUUCACCCAAAAACCAAACACGUCCCACUGAAAAAGUGUAGGUUUAGCCCUAGCAACGCCAUUUAUGUCAAUACUGACAUAACCCCCAUUCCAAGCCGCCUAAAUGACCUCCAAGCCCCUUCUAAUUGAUUCGAUCCAUAGAAUCAAGACUUCCGUUGCGAAAGGGACCCUCCUCAUCCAUCCUCAAUUUCCUCAAUAGUAGCUCCCAUAUCAAUCAGAUAAAUUCCUACCCCCAACACACACCCUCAUUUUCAUCCAUUGUCGGAGUUGCAGGUUUUCUGCGGAGAAACGAUUCUCCAGACAAAUGUCCGACGAUAGGGAAUAAUACAGCCGCAGCUGUACCCGCCCACCCCCAAUUAGAUUAAGAAAAAACAAAAAGUAAACAAAAAAAUAUAUAUAUAAAAAAACCGCCCAAAAAAAAUAUAAAAAAGAAAAAAAAAUCUUGAAAAAAAAAAUGUAACUGCACCGCUAGAAGCAGCCGAGUAAACACUUCCCAACAAAAUAUCCCCACACCCCGCCCUGCAGGGAAAAAAAUAUAUCCUAUAUACCCUAUAUCAGGGCCUAAUGCAAAUCAUAACCAAAUUACCAAUUAUCAAGCUGCUAUAGCGGUUUAGUAUAUUGACAUUUCUUGUAUACUUACAAAAAAAAAAUAAGAUGGCUCGUACUAAACAAACGGCUAGAAAAUCGACUGGAGGGAAAGCUCCUCGUAAACAAUUAGCGACAAAAGCCGCCCGUAAAAGCGCACCAGCUACUGGUGGAGUAAAAAAACCUCAUCGUUAUAGGCCAGGUACUGUAGCUCUUCGUGAGAUAAGACGUUAUCAAAAGAGUACCGAAUUACUUAUUAGAAAAUUGCCAUUUCAACGAUUGGUUCGUGAAAUAGCACAAGAUUUUAAAACAGAUUUACGUUUUCAAAUUUCAGCGGUUAUGGCUCUCCAGGAAGCUAGUGAGGCUUAUUUGGUAGGUCUAUUCGAAGAUACUAAUCUGUGUGCCAUUCAUGCUAAAAGAGUCACCAUUAUGCCCAAGGAUAUCCAAUUGGCUAGAAGAAUUCGCGGAGAACGAGCAUAA